UGUCUAGUGUAAAAAGCCUCGAGAGCUUCCCUCCUAAACAUCUCGAAGCAGCAUCAGAGCAGGCCAGCGACUGCAGCUCAGGGGAGCGUCCGUUUCUCCGGAGCUGGAGAUCUCGAGCUAGCGCUCGUCCCUGCAGCUGGGAGCAAGCAGAGAAUGGAUGCAGGUGGCACCUCCAACAGAGACCGUCGUCCUACCAAGCCACGGAAGCUCAGGUUCAAACCAAAAGUGCCACGGCAGAAGCCGAAGAAGUCAACUGCACAAAAGCCACAAGUGGAAGAGACAAACCCAGUUGAUGCAGAGUUAAUCAAGACACUGAGGGCAGGCCGAGGGGAUGCAAAAACUUUGCGAGUUAUUAAAGAUGAGCAAUCGGCACUGGAUUCCAACUCAACAGUUCCUUCUGCAGCCAAAGUUAGCUUACCACCGGUGCAACCAGGAGGGCAGAAGCGAGCUCAACCAAAGAGGGCACUUCAAAUCCCUAGAGCCCCUCCUGUUGCUGCCAAUACAGAAAGGUUCUACGGUUAUGAAGAUGACGAUGAUGAGGAUGAAGAUGACUAUAAUGCUGAGUUACCGGAGCCUCUCCCAAGCUCAACUGAAUGUGAAUCUUCCAUCCAUCCAGCAAAAGAGCUCAAUCUGCUCGAACGUGACGAUAAAACUAGAAUGUUCUUAUUCCAGUUGCCGAAAUCUCUUCCUUUGCUAAGAACAUCAACCACUGUAGUUGAAAGGAAUGGAAGGUCCAUAGUGAAGGAGGUGAAAGAAGGAUACAGUCUGAAUGAUUUGCCAGGAGGGUAUAUGGGCAAGAUGCUGGUGUACAAGAGUGGCAAGGUCAAGAUGAAGUUGGGAGAUGCCUUGUUUGAUGUGAACCCGGGUACUGAAUGUGGGAUGACACAACACGCAGUAGCCGUGAACACUAAAAAGAAACAUUGCUGCCAGCUUGGGGACAUCGAGAAACGGCAUCUCGUCGUGACCCCGGAUGUCAACUCUCUGUUGAAUGACAAUAGGAUUUAGUUAUGUAUGUUGAUUGACCAGGCUGUGAGCUACUGCAGUAGCUUGGCAAAUAUGGUGUGCAUAUGGUAAAAGUAUGAGUGUUAACUGCAUGACAUAACCUGAACUUGUAGCUGUAGCUGUAGUAGCACUUGUCCAGCAGUAGCAUAGAUGCUGCUUUCACCUGAUGAAUGCUCGGAGAAAUGUUGUAUAUUUAUCUCAUUAGAGUAAGAGGUGCAUGAAUCUACGUAUCAUCUGAACCUCAUUUUACUAUUGUACGUGCUUGAGACCAUGAAUUUCGUUUGUGCUUGCA